UUAAAUAUAAAUUUGCAAAUCGCUCCUAAGGUCUCCACUGCUUUCUUUUGUGUUGCAGUCGUUUGUCUUCCUGUUUGUCUCACUAUAUAUAGCUUCUAUAUGACUUGCAAUCCGAAACGCACUCGAAACCUCUCGCUCUAUAUGACUUGCUGAAUGAUGAUGAAGAAGGUAGAUACUUGGCCACAAAAGAUCUGCAAACAUUAUUAGUCCCAUAUCCUACAGCUGCCUCUCAAAUCACCCAUUACCUUCAUCCACUACUGAUUCUGGCUGACAAUUGUGAAAUAUUACCUUUAUACCUAUAAAAAAAUCCCAAUAACCACCUGUACAGAGCUAAUAAAGCUUUUUACUUAAGAAUUGAUGAAAUUUUCCUGAUGGUGGUUGCAUGGAUAAUCUGUGACUGACCGGCGUGAUGAUUAUUUCCAGCUCCUACAUACUCCAGCUGUCAUUUAAUAUGCAUUACUUAGUUCUCGCGGCAAUUUAACUUGUCUAUUUGAGUACGUUGAAUUCUUAUUUCAGUGACAAAGCCACUAAUUCUGUUAUUUUCAUUUCUGAUGCUCUGGUGGAUGUCUUAUAUUCUCAUAUACUCAUGCACUUUAUUAUUCGCUAUUCUCCUGCAGUAUAUGGCACAGACGCCUGUCACACUCCCCGGGAAGCAAAAUUUUGUUGGCGGAUUCGGACUUGUCCAAGUACUUCAGACCCAAGCGCGUUCAGAUGCUCAAAAUGUUGAACAAAGGCCACAGAACAUGAAGACGAUAACAACUAUCCGUCCAUUUGUCCCAGCAGUCUCUGGUAGGGAUAUAAACACUAAUACUGCUGUGCAAUAUGUAAGAAAUACUGCAGAAAUACCAGUCUUCGGUGCUCCUGGCGCUUUUGUUGCGGCUCCAAUGAACCGAACGUUCACCCCGUUUGUUAAUCCAGUCAGGAAUUUAAAUCCUGGCUUGAUUACUUCUCUUCCUGGUGGUGGACAGGGGCAAUUAGGUGGUGCCCUCUCCAGCCUAGCGAAUUCACGCAAACCUUGUAAUUGCACGAAGUCACACUGCCUUAAAUUGUACUGUGAGUGCUUUGCACAAGGUCAACUUUGUCAGAACUGUAAUUGCCACAACUGCAUGAAUAACCUAGCUUAUGAAGAAGAACGGGGGAGAGCUAUUAAGAUGACUUUGGAACGAAAUCCUACUGCAUUUCAUCCGAAAAUUGGUCGUGGCGAAGGUGAAAGAAAGCAUACUAAAGGAUGUAAUUGCAAGCGUUCAGGGUGUUUGAAAAACUAUUGUGAAUGUUAUGAAGCAAAGAUAAGCUGCUCAGACCUGUGUCGCUGUCAAGGCUGUCGCAAUACCGAGGAAAGUGUAGAAAGGCGCUCCCUUAUGCGUUUGGAUGCAAUGGGAGUCUUGAGGUCAAGACAGCCUUCUUCCUUCAAAAAGCACUUAGUAAAACCUGCAUCGGAAACGUUGUCUCACGUAUUCUUCACUUGGGAAGUGAUUGAGGCAAUAGCUACUUGUAUAAUGGCCCAGGCUGAAGAGUUAGAUCGUCGUGAUGUACCUCCAGCGGCAAAUGAGCGAAUACUUCUGGAAGAAUUUGGACGCCUUAUUGAUCGUGUGGUGGAAUCGUCUGUCAAAGUUCAUACACAUCCAUUGAGUGGCAUCCACACCUUGGCUUCGAUCGACGAUAAUGAACAAGGUCUGACACAUAGUGGGGGGUCAACUGGUCCUGGAAGUCUAGGUGGUAAGGGUAGGGGAGUAGUUGGAGUAGCAGCUGCUGCGGCUGCUGCCGCAGAUGUUCUACAGGAUGACGAAGAUGAGGAAAAUGAAAUGUUAAAUGAGAUGGAUGUAGAUGAUGCCGACGAUAUGGAAGAUGAAAUGUACGACGUUGUCGGAGAACCAACACUUUCACGUCACCACCAACAUUCCCGAUCGCACCUUGCACGCCGUCAUCGAUCUGCACACCUUGUUUCUGACUUUGACGAUGACAUAAUGAGCGAUGAUGACCCUGUAGAUAGGGUUCAUGCUGUACCUCCUACUGUUAGACCAGGGAUUAAUUCAUACAGAUUUCGGGAAACCCAUUCACGACGGUUGCAAAAAACAAGUGAUAACAAGUACACGUCACAUCAUACUCGGCAGAGUUUCAGUAACCGCAAUCAUCGUCACCACGACCCUGACCUGGUGUAA